AUGACCCGCCUCCUCCCCCUCCUCCUGCUCUCAACCCCGGCCCUCGCCCACUUCUCCCUCACCCUCCCCAAGCCCCUCGGCGAUAGCGACGACAACCAAGGCACCGCCCCCUGCGGCGGCUACUCCGCCUCCUCCUCCUCCGCGACCACAGACUUCCACGUCGCCGGCGACGCCGUCGGCAUGUCCAACGGCCACCCGCAGACCACCUGGCUCUUCCGCGCGACCCUCGACCAGACCGCGUCCGGCAACUGGACCCAGGUCUUCCCCAUCGUCUUGCAGACCGGCCUCGGCAACUUCUGCGAGCCGCAGAUCGCCGUCCCUGCCGAGUACGCCGGCAAGAAGGGCGUGCUUGGUGUUGUUGCGCAUUCGCCUGACGGGCUGCUCUACUCUUGCGCCGCCGUGAACUUCGUCACAGGCACCGCCGCCACAAACUCCGACUGCAAAAACGCCUCCAUCACCGUCGACUUCUCCUCCGAUCCCUCCCUCACGGCGCUAGUCAACGGCGGCGGCGCGUCGAGCAGCACGUCGCCGUCCGCCUCGAGCUCGAGCUCGAGCACGCCCAACGCCGCACCGGGCGCGUCUGCCGGCCUGCUCGGCGCGGGCGCGGGCGCAAGCCUGCUCGUCUCGUUGGUUGCUGCUGUUGGUGGUGCGGCCUUGUUCUUCUAA